AUGUCUGCUACGGCAACAGCAACUACUACUACCACACUCACACAACCGCAGGUGGUUGAUGGACUAUCGUUAGAUGAGAUAUUUAAAGGGUUGACCUCCUCUACAGAAGAAGAAAGAUUGAGGUAUGCACAGGAGCUUCUCAACUAUUUAUCAUCAAUUGCAAGAGACUUAUCGACAGAGCAUUUCAACAGGUAUAAUAAUGAUAUCAACAAAACCAUCUUUGAUCUACUUCAUGGGGAGAAAACAUCUGAAAUCUUGGGUGGGAUUGCGGCAUUAAAUGCGUUGAUUGAGUUUGAUUCAGGUGUAGGCAAAGAGAAUGCUAGCAAGACAGCGAGAUUUUCCAAUUAUUUGGGGUCACUCAUUUUAUCCAGUGACUUGGUUAUUAUGAAACAGGCGACGAGGACCUUGGGGAGACUCGCUACGCUUGGAGGAAACUUGACCGGCGACUUUGUAGACUAUGAAGCUAAGCGAGCUAUCGAGUGGCUACAGAGUGAUAGCAGACAGCACGAAAAUCGUCGACAUGCUGCUAUUCUCAUUUUAACUGCACUAGCGGAUUAUGCGCCAACACUAUUAUUCCCCCUUAGUAACCAAAUAUUCGAAAACCUUUGGCCGUCGCUACGUGACUACAAAUUGGCCAUUAGGAAAGACGCCGCCAUCGUGUUACAGAAAUGCAUUGAUAUUAUAUACAACAGGGAUCCCAAUGCUCGACUGUUUUGGAUCAAGAAAAUGAUUGAGCUGGCGUCUCAGAUUUUAAAUGAAAACGAUUCAAACUCCGUUUUUGGAGAAGGAAUCCCACUUGUACCAUCAACAUCUCAACUGGGCGAAAACAUUCAUGGCUCGCUCUUGGUGUAUGAGGUUUUGUUGAGAUACAACAAAGAUCCAUACAUCAACUCAAAGCUCGAUUCUAUUUAUGAAAAUACCAUGUUGUACAAGAACCACAAGUUGGCAGUCAUUCGACAAGAGUUGACAAGAAUCUUCCCUCUAGUAUGCAAAGUCAACACCGAGCUUUUUGUGGAAAAGUAUUUACACAGAACAUUUUAUUACUACUUAUCGCAACUUAAAAGAUAUAAAGGACAACAUAAUGAUACAGCAAAUGCAGAUAAAAGUACAAUUUUCUUGAGUAUAGGCCUCAUAGCAUUGGAAGUUGGGAACCAAACAGCAACGUAUUUAGACGCAAUUUUAGAAAACAUUAGAGAAGGCUUAGCAUACAAUUCAAAUUCAGGAGUUCAGCUGUUAUUGACAAAUGCAGCUAACCAAAAUGAUAAUGCAAAUAUUAUUAAUGCCAAUAUGGCAGCAUAUACUUUGACAUCCAAAUACAACAUUAGUAAGAAAGAAACUGAACCUGCCAUUUUUGAUUGCAUUGGGAAAUUAUCUACGGCGGUGGGACCUGCAUUAACAAAACACCUUCAACGAGACAUUUUGGAUAUGAUGUUUGCAAAUUGCUCGUUGUCGGAACACAUGCAGAAUGUUUUACUAACAUUGACUCAAAACAUCCCUACGUUGACUAGUCUCAUAAACGAAAAGCUAUUGAACCUUUUAAGUUUAGUGCUUUCAGGAAAGGGGUUUCAGCCACCAGGUUCACCGUAUGGGACCAUAAAAGUGAGAAAGAAUUUAGCGAGAGAUUGCCGAUUAAUCAUGAUCUCUCGUGAUACAGGACUCAGCAUACAAAGCAUAAGAUCUGACCAAGAGAGAUAUGAAAGGCUCGAUGGUAUGAUAACGGUACAAGCAUUGGAAAUGCUAACAGCAUUUAAAUUUGAAAACUAUCAAUUGAAUGAAUUUGUGCGCUUUUGUACAAUCACUUACCUUGAAAGCAGCGAUCCAAAGGUUAGACUUACGGCAACGCGGACUUCCUGUGAGAUCUUUGCAAAAGAUCCUAUUUGUCAGCAAGUUAGCGUGAAUGCUUUAAACGCAGUGAAUGAUGUAUUGGGAAAGUUAUUGGCAAUUUCAAUAACCGAUCCUUUGCCUGACAUUAGAUUAACCGGGUUGAAAGCACUAGCAAAAGCUGGUAAUUUUGAUUCUCAGUUGUCGCAAGCGGAGAACGUACGCCUCUUGUUUAUUGCUUUGAAUGAUGAGGUAUUUGAAGUAAGGAAAGUGGCGAUCCAAAUCUUGGGCCGUUUGUCAUCAAUAAAUCCAGCUUAUAUAGUGCCUUCUUUACGAAAGACGCUAAUUCAGUUAUUGUCAAAGCUUGAAUACUCAGUAACCAGUCGGAAAAAAGAAGAAAGUGCAAUUUUAUUAUCACUUUUAAUAGCAAAUUCAAAGGAGUUAACUAGAUCAUACGUAAAGCCUAUUGUUGAGUCAUUAUUACCAAAGGCAAAAGACCCGAGUUCUUCAGUUGCCUCAAACGCAAUCAAAUGUUUAGGGGAACUAGCAGUGGUAGGUGGAGAAGAUUUGAAACCCUUCAUACCAGAUUUGAUGCCUUUAAUUCUUGAUACUUUUCAAGAUCAAAGUUCAUCUUAUAAACGAGAUGCUGCUUUGAAAACACUUGGACAAUUAUCGUCAUCUUCUGGUUAUGUUAUUCAACCUUUGCUAGACUAUCCGCAACUACUUGGAAUGUUAGUGGCAAUUUUGAAAUCAGAUAACUCGGUUCAAAUAAGAAGGGAAACUGUUCGAUUAUUGGGCAUACUAGGGGCAUUAGAUCCUUACAAACAUAGAGAAGUUGAGCAAACCUCUAAAAGUAUACCAGCGGAGCAGAACGCGCCUCCCGUAGAUGUGGCUUUGCUAAUGCAGGGUAUGUCUCCUGCCAACGAGGAGUACUACCCAACUGUGGCGAUAACCAAUUUGAUGAAAAUCUUAAAGGACCAGUCAUUGAGUUUACAUCAUACAAAAGUAAUACAGGCUAUUAUGUAUAUAUUCCAAACCAUUGGAUUGAGAUGUGUCACAUUUUUGCCUCAGAUAAUUCCUGGAAUCAUCAAUGUGAUGCACACUUGUCAACAGAAUAUGCUCAAAUUUUAUUUUCAACAAUUGGGCGAUAUCAUUGUUAUUGUCAAGCAGCAUAUACGUCCAUACCUAGAUGAUAUUUUCAAGGCCAUCAAGGAGUUUUUUUAUGUAAACACUCAGUUGAAUAUUCAAGUGACGGUUAUUAACGUCAUUCAAGCAGUCUCGAGAGCGCUAGACGGCGAGUUUAAACUAUACUUAUCCCAAGUUUUGAAACUUUUGCUUGGCGUGUUUGAAGAGGACACUUCAGCCAAAAGGGUAUCUUCCUUCCAUGUUUUGAAAAGCUUUGUUGUGUUUGGAAGUAAUAUUGAGGAGUUUGUUGAUAUUAUCAUACCAACUAUUGUUCGCAUGUUUGAAAGUGGACCCACGGAUUUGAGGAGAGCGGCAAUUGAAACAAUUGGGCGAUUAUCGAAAAACGUAAUGUUGAAUGACAUGGCUUCGCGUAUUAUUCAUCCUAUAUUGAGAGUGUUAAGCCUGGGUCCAGAGGAAUUAAAAGAGUCAUGUAUGAACACCUUAAACUACAUGCUCCUUCAAUUGGGUGCUGAAUUUACCGUUUUUCUUCCAGUUAUCACAAAGACAAUGGUCCAGCACAAUAUCAAUUGUCCCAAAUUCGAGCAGCUUGUAGGAAAGCUUUUGAGUGGAGACCCUUUGCCACUUCAUUUGGAUAUAUAUGCGGAUUACGAUCAGGGUGUUGGUGAUUCGGCUGGUUCUGAUAUGCCAUCUAAGAAAUUACCCGUCAAUCAGGUUGCUUUGAAAGCUGCAUGGGAUGCAAGUCAGCGACAUACAAAGGAAGAUUGGCAAGAAUGGAUCAGUCGCUUGAGUAAGGAAUUGUUGUUGCAAAGCCCUUCGCAUCCAAUACGUGCAUGUGCCGGACUAGCAUCUGAUUAUUAUCCAUUGGCAAAAGAUUUAUUUAAUGCAAGUUUUGCUAGUUGCUGGAGUGAAUUGUAUUCACAGCAUAAAGAAGAAUUGGUGCAAUCAUUUUGCAUUGCUCUUUCUUCACCUACAAAUCCUCCUGAAAUACACCAGACAUUAUUGAACUUGGCAGAGUUUAUGGAACACGAUGACAAAUCGUUGCCAAUUGCAAUCAGCACAUUAGGGCAGUACGCACAACGUUGCCAUGCCUUUGCAAAAGCAUUGCAUUACAAAGAGUUGGAGUUUUACGAAGAGGCAACAACGCCUACUAUCGAGUCCUUAAUCAGUAUUAAUAAUCAACUACAGCAGUCUGAUGCAGCCAUCGGAAUUUUGAAACAUGCUCAAUUGCAUCACAAUUUGCAAUUAAAAGAAACAUGGUAUGAAAAAUUGCAUAGAUGGGAUGAUGCCCUAGAGGCAUAUAACGAGAGAGAAAAAGCCGAACCAGAUAAUAUGGAAAUAACGAUGGGUAAAAUGAGAUGUUUCCAUGCUUUGGGUGAAUGGGAGCAGCUAUCCGAAUUAGCACGCAGUAAAUGGGAUAAUGCUUCCAGUGACACCAAAAGAAGUGUCGCUCCAUUGGCGGCAGCUGCGGCUUGGGGUUUGGGUCAAUGGGAUCGAAUGGAUGCUUGUAUUAAGGUCAUGAAGGCUGCAUCUCCCGAUAAGGCCUUUUUCAAUGCUAUUUUGAGUCUUCAUAGAAAUAAUUUUGAAGAUGCUUCUGACCAUAUAUUAAAAGCAAGGGAUCUAUUGGUGACAGAGAUUACGGCAUUGGUGAGCGAGAGUUACAAUAGAGCUUACGGGGUGGUCGUUAGGGUUCAGAUGUUGGCAGAGUUGGAAGAAAUUAUCAAGUAUAAGUGCUUGCCUCAAGGGUCUGAAAAAAGAGCCGUGAUGAGGAAAACAUGGAAUACAAGGUUGCUUGGGUGUCAAAGGAACGUUGACAUUUGGCAACGAAUGUUGAAAGUUAGGGCAUUGGUUAUAAAGCCGAAACAGGAUAUGGAUAUGUGGAUUAAAUUUGCAAAUCUUUGUCGUAAAUCAGGAAGAUUGAACUUGGCUGAGAAAUCUUUGAACUUGUUGCUCGAGGAAGGGUCCGCUGAAAAUCCGUCGCGUGCUCCUCCACAAGUGGUGUAUGCACAAUUAAAGUAUAUGUGGGCAAAGGGACAGAGACCAGAAGCUUUGAGGCAUUUAGUAGAUUUUACCACAAGAAUGUCGCAAGACCUUGGUUUAAAUCCAAACGAUUUGAUAACCCAACCAUUGCCAUCGGAAGGUCCGGGAAUACCAAAACAUGUUGAGGAGUAUACAAAAUUAUUGGCAAGAUGUUUUUUGAAACAAGGUGAAUGGCAGAUUGCCUUAAACAGCAACUGGAGGUCAGAGACCUCCGAGAUAAUCUUGGGUGCAUAUUUGUUGGCCACCCAUUUUGACAACAAAUGGUACAAAGCGUGGCACAAUUGGGCUUUGGCAAACUUUGAAGUUAUUUUGCUCUUCACUAGUCAGAAUCAAAAUAGUGGUAGAAUUGAGUAUCUCGAUGAGAAUCGUGCAAAUGCGCAUGAUGACUCUGUUGCUGCUUCUGGCCAAGUUCCGGGAAAACCAUUAAAAGAAGACCUACCAUUACAGUCUCCACAACAACAACAACAACAACAACAACAUACUGGGAACAAGACAAAUGUGAUCCUGAUGGAAACAGUGCAACGUCACGUUAUUCCAUCGAUAAAAGGAUUUUUCCACUCGAUUGCGCUUUCAAAUUCCAACUCUCUUCAAGAUAUGCUACGAUUGUUGACGCUAUGGUUCAAGUUUGGUGGAAUACCAGAGGCUGCACAAGCUAUGACUGAGGGGUUCAGUAUGGUCAAGAUAGAUAACUGGUUGGAAGUUGUACCUCAGUUGAUAUCUCGAAUCCAUCAACCAAAUGAAAUUGUCAGUAGAUCGCUUUUUGGAUUGUUGGCAGAUUUAGGAAAAGCGCACCCACAAGCACUUGUUUAUCCUUUGGCGGUAGCUAUAACGUCUGAAUCUGCUAGCAGAAAGAAAGCAGCUCAAUCCAUAAUUGAGAAAAUGAGAGUCCAUUCUGCAAACUUGGUUGAUCAAGCUGAGCUAGUAAGCCGGGAGUUAAUUAGAGUUGCUGUAUUAUGGCACGAGCAGUGGUACGAAGGUCUCGAAGAUGCAUCGAGAUUAUUCUUUGGUGAGAAAAACACAGACAAAAUGUUUGAGGUAUUGGAACCUUUACAUCAAAUGCUUCAAAGAGGACCCGAAACUAUGCGGGAACAAGCUUUUGCAAAUGCGUUUGGUAGAGAGUUGGCAGAUGCGUUUGAAUGGGUGAUGAAUUUCAGAAAAACCAAGGAUAUCACGAAUUUGAAUCAAGCAUGGGAUAUUUACUACAAUGUGUUUCGGAGGAUUACUAGGCAACUCCCACAGUUGGUGAGUUUGGAGUUACAAUUUGUGUCACCAAUGUUGGAAAAAGCGCAUAAUUUAGAACUAGCGGUGCCAGGUACCUACGAAGCAGGUAAGCCCGUUAUUCGGAUUAUCAAAUUUGAUCCUACAUUCUCUGUUAUAUCCUCGAAGCAAAGGCCAAGAAAGCUAUCAUGUAGGGGCAGUAAUGGGAAAGAUUACCAGUAUGCGCUCAAAGGUCACGAAGAUAUUAGACAAGAUAAUUUGGUGAUGCAGCUAUUUGGAUUGGUCAAUACAUUAUUGGUCAAUGAUCCAGAGUGUUUCAAGCGUCAUUUAGAUAUUCAACAAUAUGCUGCAAUACCACUUUCUCCAAAAGUGGGUUUACUUGGUUGGGUUCCAAACAGUGAUACCUUCCAUAUGUUAAUUAAAGGCUAUCGAGAGUCAAGGAGUAUCAUGUUGAAUAUAGAGCAUCGUUUGUUGUUGCAGAUGGCACCAGAUUAUGAUAUUCUUACAUUACUCCAAAAGGUUGAAGUUUUCACAAGUGCGCUUGAUAAUACGAGAGGACAAGAUUUGUACAAAGUUUUGUGGCUAAAAUCCAAAUCCUCAGAAGCCUGGUUAGAUCGAAGAACCACUUACACCCGCUCUCUAGCGGUUAUGUCAAUGGUGGGUUAUAUUUUGGGUUUGGGUGAUAGGCACCCUUCGAAUUUGAUGUUGAAUAGAACCACCGGGAAGGUUGUGCAUAUAGAUUUUGGAGAUUGCUUUGAGGCUGCGAUAUUGAGAGAAAAAUAUCCUGAAAAAGUACCUUUUAGGCUAACGAGAAUGUUGAACUUCGCGAUGGAAGUUAGUGGUAUUGAGGGCUCAUUUAGAAUCACUUGCGAACACGUGAUGAGAGUCUUGAGGGACAAUAAAGAGUCCUUGAUGGCGAUUUUGGAAGCUUUUGCUUAUGAUCCUUUGAUAAAUUGGGGAUUUGAUUUUCCUACAAAAGUACUAGCGGAAGCCACGGGGAUUAGAGUAAACUUGGUAAAUGUUACAGAGUUAUUGCGUUCAGGGCAGAUUGACGAGAAAGAAGCUGCUAGAUUGCAGAAACAGAACGGAUUGGAAAUUAGAAAUGCGCGUGCCGGUUUGGUUUUGAAGAGAAUCACAGAUAAGUUGACAGGAAAUGAUAUUAAACGGUUAAAAGGGUUGGAUGUACCCACUCAAGUUGAUAAAUUGAUUCAACAAGCAACUAGUGUGGAGAAUUUAUGUCAGCACUAUAUUGGUUGGUGUUCUUUCUGGUAA